UGGUGAUAGAUCAACUUAAAGUUAAGCUGCAAGAUGCUCAGCAUAACUCGCAGAUGAAUGCAUCUGAACUCCAGGCAUUGCAAUCUGAACACGACACCCUGCUGGAAAGGCACAAUAAGAUGCUGCAAGAGACUGUUGCAAAAGAGGCAGAACUCCGUGAAAAACUUUGCACAAUACAAUCUGAGAACAUGGUCAUGAAAACAGAGCAUGCCCAGGCUUUGAGUCAGCUGUCAGCCCAGAAUGAAGCUCUCCGGAACAAUUUCAGAGAUCAGGUCAGGAACCUGCAAGAAGAGCACAGGAAGACAGUAGAGACACUUCAGCAGCAACUGUCCAGAGUAGAGGUUCAGCUCUUCCAACUCAGAAAUGAACCAAGCACAAAAGGUCCAGCUGUUUCAAAUCCAGCAAUGAAGAACUUAAGAGAACGACGAAACACUGACCUUCCUGUUCUCGAUGUGCACACUGUAGCUAGGGAAGAGGGAGAAGGUAUGGAAACAACGGACACAGAAUCUGUCUCUUCAGCCAGCACCUACGUACCAUCCUUGGAACAACUUCUGAACUCCCCAGAAGCAAAACUUGUUUUCUUUUCCAAUUAAUUGUAGAACCAUCCCAGUGGCAAGCAGAACUCACUAAGGAUGAGCUGAUUCAGAAACUAAACACAACAGCAAAGAGUGCUGAUCACUUGAAUGAAUUACUUCGGG